AUGUACCCGGCAAUCGAUAAAGAAGAAAUGCUGCGUUUCUUCGAGUCCGAGGAGCGUCAUCGCGUGGGCGGUGGUGACAGUCCAACUGGAUAUAUGCAAAGUGAAAUUGUCAUGGUUGCAAAAACAAAUGGACGAAUGUCCAAUGCACCGUCCAUGUUUGGUGCAGAUUCUCCGUCACCGUUGUCGGUUCAAAGCAAAUUGGAUUGGUCACCCGGGGAGGUUCAUCAGAAUCAUAUGAUGGAGAUACUUGGUCAAAUCCUAACAGUCUCGGAUAUGUCGGGAGAUGUAGAAACUCUAUUGGGACCAGCAUUCAAGAAUAAUAUCACAAAUGU